AUGGACGCGUCGUCGCAGCCCAGAAAGGUCGACCCCGAUGACGCAGUUGCGCUCUUGCAGGAGGCGCAAGUCCACGCCGCAACCCUACUGGGGGUCUUCACGCUCGAAGACUUGACCAAUUUGUCGCACCACCUGCACUUCUUUGACUAUGAGGAGGGCGAAGUGGUCAUGCAGCAGGGAGAGGAUGCAACCUGGGUCGGCAUCGUCCUCCGCGGCGAGCUGGAGGCGGCCGGCGCCGACGGUAGGGUUGUAGGCAGCAUGGGCGCUGGGAAGGUGGUGGGUGAGAUUGCCUUUUUCACAGGCGGCAAGCGAUUAGCGGACGUUCGCGGCGCCAAGAGUGGCGUUCUUGCAUUCAUUAUGAUGCCAAACCUCGAAGCCCUGUUCGACAGCUGCGCACACACUGCCGUCAAGCUCAUCCGUGUCUUCGGCGCGUCCUCUGUAUAUCAACUGGCACACAAUCCAGCGGCGCAUCCGCCGCUGGCUUGGAACCUAGCGCCAAAGCAGGCGGAGAGUGCCCUGACAAAAUGGCUGCAAGGCGGCCGCCUUGGGCCCGUCGAGUGCGAGGUCGUGAUGUCGCAGGCGGAUCUCAAACGUAUAGCAGACCUCUUCGAGUUCCACCGUUUUGCAGCUGGAGAGAGGGUCGUCGACCGCUUUGCGAAGAACGAUUACAUAUGCUUUGUGCUCGACGGCUCGGUGGAUCUCAGGAUAGACAACCACACGCUAGCCACCCGCUCUGCCGGCCACGUUGCGAAUGCGAGCAGCUACUACGAUGGCGGGCGCGUGCUCCCGUGCGACAUUGUCGGUGCGUCCGAUGGUGUCCUCGGGGGGCUGCGGCACGAUGCCAUCGAGGAGCUCGCGAUCUUGGAGCCUGCGCUCGGCCUGACCCUCGCGAGGAUGGUUGGUAUCUUUGCGGUCGAGUCCGUCAACGAGAUGUUUGCUGCACCAGCGACCAAAGCGGUGGGGCGGUCCGGCUCGCGGCGCCGCUCCAUUGUCGGCCGAGUGGACUCGGAAAAGAUGAAGUCGCAGACCGCCGAGGUCUUCAGCAGGAAGCACGCGGCCGCUCUAUCGAAAGGCAGAAACUUGCGCCAAAAGGCUGCCGAGGCGGACGAGGCCGCGGAGACAGCGAAACGCGCGACACAGGGCGCAGAGGUUGCAAAGCGAAAUCACCAGAUCCUCACCAGAAAGCUCGAGGCGGAGAAGGUCAAAAUCCGCGAGCAGCUUCUUGCCGAGCAGCAGACCACGCAUCUCCUGAGGGCUCAGCUGAAGGACUUGAAUCUGGACGUGGUUCAUUGCAAAAAGGAGUCGGUCCAGCUGGCCGAGAUGGUCUCACGGCUCGAGGCGCAGAUAGACCGGCACCGCACGCUCGAGCAGGACUUGCUGGAGCAGCUUCGGCAGGCGAGAGCUGCGAAUCAUGCCGAGGAGGUCCAGGAGCUGGCGCGAGAGAAGGAGACACUAUUGGCCGAGGUCGCUCGCACCAAUAUCGAGCGUGAUGCCUUGAAGCAGUCGCUCGAGUCGGAGCAGGCGCAACGGGCGUCUGUUGCAGAGGCGCUCGCCGAGACGCAGGCGCACUGUGCGCGGCUCGAGGCUGGCAAGGCUGAACUUGCGCGGGCUCACGAGGCUGCAAUAGUUGACGCACACGGUGCCAUCGAGGCUGCGCUCACGCAGGGGCACGCAGAGCGGCUCGCUGACAACCAGACGCUCGUGGCUACUCUGGCGUUGUGCGAGGAGCACUUGCACGAGAGGUCGAUCGAGCUGGCGACACACACUGCCAACCUCGAGCGAAGUGAGCAGCGCGAGCAGGACCACGCGAAGCUGAUCCAGCAGCAGCGUCUGGCGGCCAAAUGCUUGGGCGCGUGCUACCUCCUUACUCUCGCGCCACUCCGUCGACGAUUGCGCCAAGUGGAGGCCUUCGCAGCGGAGCACGAGCGGUUGGUGAGCAAGCACGGGGCAGCCGAACAGGAGAAUCGGGAUCUCACACUGCGGCUGCAUGCAGAGGCGGCUGCUACAGAGAGCCUGGCGGACGAGCUGGAGGGAGAGCGUCUGCAAGUCGGCCAGCUGAGAGAGCAGCUGCGAGGGUGGGAGGAACGGGAGGGCUUGACGGAAGAGGCGUGCGCACUUCGCGAGCGAAAUGAGUUUCUGAACGCCAAGCUGGCGAUCGCAGAGACGCGGAUACGCGGUCGGGCACUGGAAGCACGCCGGGCUGAGGAGGAGGCCCGGGCGGCCCGCCGCAAGCUCCAGGCGAGCGCCGCCCAGCAGGCUGGGCUUGCUCAGAGCUGCACAGCCAUGGCCAAGCGCGUCACAGACCUUGAACAUGGGUUCGGCAAACUCCUAGCGCCAGAGCCGAACGGCCCGACAGCAGCUAUUGAGAGGGAGCGAUGGGGGGUGCCGCUCGUCAACAGCAGACGGGCCGGCAAGGAUGGCUUGCAGUUUCCACCAUUGGGUUUAGCCAGUGGCGCUGCCAGCAGGCUACGUCUCUAA